AUGGAAUCGAAACAUCGAUGGAAAUUUUUUCCAUUCUUCUUCAGCUUUUGUAAACUCGCGGGCAUCUGCAGACCCGACAACAACAGACUGGUCCAAACGGUUCAUUUGUGUCAUCCUUUAAAAAACAUUUCAUCAGCGAUACAUGCUGCGGAAAACUUUGUAAGUAAAGAGUCCUCUCCCCUUUCAUUUUCUCAUCAAAGGGAAAGGACAUUGAUACUGAGACAUAUUCUUGGUCAUUUCUUGUGUAUUGGUCAUAGGCCAAAUACGUCCUUUAAAGGAAGUAACGUCGAAACUGAAACAAAGGCCGGUUGUUGCAGAGUGAAAGAAGUGAGUGACUCGUUGGAUGAAAUUGGGAGUGUUAGUCAGAUAAAAAUGACAAGUGUAAAUCAAAGAGACCCCUCUUCCUAUCACAAAUGUGAUGUCAAUCGAGAUCAAGAACUAGAAAAUCAUCAGCAUUGUGGUAAAAAUAUGAGUACUUUGGAACUAUCUGGUGGAUUUUCGGAGUCACCGUCUGAACAACAAGUACACAGUCCCACUGCUCCUGCUGGUGAUGAUGUGGAAGACAGCAAUUUAUUCACAAUGGACACUGAGAGAUCUGAAUUGUCUCAAAGCUUUACAAAUCAAAAAGAAACUGAUAGAAACCGUGAUAAUAAGCCACUUGCCUUGGAUGCUCUCACUGACCAGAAGCCAGGUGCAAAAUACAAACAAAGAAAGGGAGACAAAAGAAAGGGAAAAGAGCAACUGAAUGCAUUAUCAGACGUUGGCAAUGCAGAUGCUGCUGGUGCAUGUGUGAACAGACACAAUGUAUCCUUGUCCCAAAGAAACAAAAGGCCUAAAAGGAUACAACCAAACUUUUUCUUGGCUGUGCGCAUUCAUAAUCCUCAGAUACAUGCUGGUAUCAAGGUUAUCCAAGACUCGAUUGCCACACACAGUAAGGAACUGAAGCCAGCCUUUGUCUCCUUGGCAACAUUGCAUGUUACCCUCAUGGUCAUGCACCUAGAGGAUGCUGAAGAAAUUCAGAAAGCAGGAAAAGUAUUGCAUCAGUGCAAGACAUCUUUGGAAUCCAUCCUGGCCAAAAGUGAUGUGAUGAUAAGAUUCUCUGGUCUUGGCCACUUUGGACAUAGAGUUCUCUAUGCAAAACUUGAGGAAGAGGGAAGUGACUUUUUGAAAUCAGUUGAGGAAAUUGUGCGUGAAAUAUUUACAAAAGAAGGCAUCCCUUCAACUGAUUCUCGAGAGUACAAUCCUCAUAUGACUGUCAUGAAGUUAAUAGGCCAUAACCAACAGUUGAGGAGGAGUGGGAUCAAGAAAAUCCCUGAGGAGAGCUACGCAAGUUGGGUCGACUUCAAUUUUGGGGAAGAGCCAGUGACAGCUUUGCACUUAUGUGCAAUGGGUGAGAAAGAUACAGAUGGGUUUUAUAAAUGUAUGGCAACAAUGACAUUUGCUGAUUCAGAUGAUACAUCUUCCAGUUGA